AUGAAGGAGUCGCUGGCGAAGCGUGAGAUCAAACGGGAUUGGGAGCACGUUCAGCCGGAGGAAGCGUCGCCGCGGAUGACAGCGACGGAGGAGCCAUCGGAGAGCCCGCGAACGGUGAUCACAGCCAGAAGACACGUUCGAACGAUCACGACCACCGGCCAGAUCACGGAGACGGUCUCGGAGGCGGACCCAGACUCGCCAGACGCCAGUGUCAUAUCGGGGAAUCUUCAACUGGAGCCUCAGCAACAGACCCAACACCAUCACCAACAUCCCCAGCAGCAGCCCAGACAACGCGUGUACCAAGAAGAGGAACAGCAAGACCAGGGCAGUCUACAGGCUACGCAACACUUCGUGCAGAUCUCGCAGGCGGAUGGGGACAUUCAGCAACAUCGUUCCGGGGAGCAACGGGUGGUUUAUCUGACGACCAAUGGCCAGGAAGUGCAGGUCGAGGUCACGGACACCGUUGAUCCCAACAGCACCCUCACCGUCAAGGAACAGACCAGGUACGAGCCCGCCGGUCCGGAGAGACCCGACACGGAGACCAUGUACAGUUACACGACGGACGGUCAGCAAUUGCGAAGGGAGAACCAGGUGAUCCAGGCUCAAGAGAGGCGUGCUCCGUCGGUGGGCAGCGGCCAACAGAGGUACAGUCCCCGCGAGACCUCGAACAGCGGCAACGGAUCGACCAGAACCUAUCACCAGGAUUCCCCGGUCCUGGUGCCGAGCACCGAGGAUUACGACACUGGCUCCUUGGUGUCCAGGGCGAACUCCGCCACGACAGCGUCGAACGUUCAGCUGGGUUCCUCGGUUCCGUCGUACUCCCCGCCGAUCACGGACGGUAUUCGCGUGACCGGCGCCGGGUACACGGACGCGGGUAGUGCGGACAUCAAGUACGAGACCGACGCCGUGAACGCAGCGAACGCCGCAAACGCUGUCGCGGCUGCAGUCGCUGGACGCUUCGCGGCUGCCACGGCCGCAGCGUCUGACAACAUCAAAGUGUCCAGCACGUACACCACCCUCGAAACUGUCGCGAUACCGCCCCAACAGACGGUGCAAUACGCGGCGCAGUACAUAUCCGGGAGCGAGACGUUCCAACAAGCGUCCACGUACACCUACGCCAAACCGGGGGACCACCUCAUUCUCACGUACCCGAGUCCGUUGACGUCCAGGGUUGGUGGGGUGGAUCCUCCAGGAAACGCUUACAUCAAGGGCGGUGACCCAACCCUAGCCUCCUCCCUGGGCACUUCUCGAGGUGUACCGAUCCACUACGAGCAACCCGGCUCCCCCAGCUCUCAGAUGACCUUGUACGGGAGUGGAACAGGCUCCUACUCCUACGCGAAGCCCACGGCUUCCAGCGAGUACUGGUCCACGGCCGGAACGCCGUCGCCUCCGUCGUUCGAGUGCGUCCAGGGCUACCAAGGCGUGACAGCGAUCUCCGUCAGCGACGGUGCAAACAUGCAACUAUAUUCCGGCGGUGGGUACAGCGUGUCAGCCGGCAGCACCGGGGUGCCCUCACCUUGGGCAGGACUGCCUCUACCGAGCGCGGAGGACGGUUUCGACUCCACGAUGAUCACCACCGAGCCGAAAGACUGCGCUGGCUGCUCGGCUCUCACCACGAUCUGGAGGCGGGACGAAACUGGCCACUAUUAUUGCCAUAAUUGCCUCUACAAGGCGAACGGGAUGAACCGACAGACCAUGAGAUGCGGCAAGCCCAAGCAACCAGUCGUUCCGACGGGGGUGAGGAGGACGGGGGUGCAAUGUGCCAAUUGCAGGACCAGUAACACCACCCUCUGGCGGCGAAACAACAAUGGCGAGCCUGUGUGCAACGCCUGCGGUCUCUACUUCAAGCUCCACAACGUAAACAGGCCGCUCAGCAUGAAGAAAGAGGGGAUCCAGACGAGGAAGAGGAAGCCAAAAAAUCACACGGGGAUGGGCGGCGGUCUGACCGGACCCAGCGGCAUGCACAAGACCGAGAUUAAGUCUAACUUGCUCGUGGACUCGGUGCAGUUGAACGUGUACGGGAGCGGUGGCAGCGGUAACGAGGGCGGGGUCGGUGUCGGGAGCGAAAGCGGAAGCGGGAGCGAGGGAGGGAACGUAGGGUCCGAGGAGAGACGUCCUGUAGGUACACCGACUACGGUGCAAUUAGGGCACGCGCACUCGCCCCUCGCAUUACCCACCGCCGCAGUCCUCAACCGUCAGACCACCCUUACCGUGCCACCACUAGAGCCAAUCGCUAGUCAGUCCAGCGGCGACCUGAUCUCGGUUAUAACUUCUACGACAGCGAUCCACGCCGAGAGGACGUAAUGGGAGAAGAUCGCGAUGCCAUGGACGAAAAUCGGGAACGAGGGAUGCGCGAACGUCGAAUGUUUUCUCUGGAUCGAUACCGCGUUUAGAAUUAACGGGAAAGUACCCCUUGGCGUUUCGCGAAUCGAGGCUUCGUUUUCGAGAUACGAGCGAUUGAAAUUCGCGGGGCGUCUCUGUUUGAACAGCGGACAGUUGCGCGCGCAGCACACGUAGCGAGGAGCGAGGAGCAGUACGCGUCGGUGUUCCGUUGGCAUCGCAAUUUCGACGGGUUAAUAGUAAUUUCGGCCUAAAUACGAGCAUGUGUGUGCAAUUAUCGUGUUUCGUGCGAGCGUCCGUGCAAUUUGAUGCGUUAGAGAAGUUUAGAAUCGUUAAGUAGCAGAAAUAUUCUUACAUUUUCUGGAUCCCGCCCGGCGUCCAUCGAGCGUGGUGAGCCAACGAGUCCAAUGUACUUUUACACUGAUUUUAAUAGUCCUCUUCGCGUCUCUUUUGUAUUUUACUGAUUCUAAACACGUUUCUUACGACACAUAUUAGUGUUCAGGCAUGGUAGAAGUCUUUUACCUUCUCAAUCGAAAUUAACCUCUUUCUCACAUAUCGGUACGUCGUAACACUUGCACGCCAUGCAUGCAGCCUGUAUAUUUAAUUCGUCGUUGUAGAAUUUAUUAUACGAUUCGUUGUCGUUUGCGUA